AUGGGGCAGCGCGCGGCGGUGGCGGCGGUGGUGGCGGAGGUGGAUACUCUGGAGGUGGAGGCAAACCCUCGUCCAGUUACGGAGCUCCCAGUUCCGGUGGCGGCGGCGGUUUUGGAGGAGGUGGAUACUCUAGUGGUGGUGGUGGAAUAUCUUCAACUUACGGUGCACCCUCGGGAGGUGGCGGUGGAUACUCCGGUGGUGGCGGCGGAGGAUACUCUGGCGGUGGUGGCGGAUAUUCCGGUGGUGGCGGCGGAGGAUACUCUGGUGGUGGUGGCGGCGGAUAUUCCGGCGGUAGCAGUUUCGGAGGCUCUGGUGGUUAUUCCGGAGGCGGUGGUGGCGGUUAUUCCGGCGGUGGUGGUGGAGGUUACUCCGGCGGUGGCGGUGGCGGUGGCAGACCGUCGUCGUCUUAUGGUGCUCCAAGUGGAGGUGGCGGACAGAGUUACGCCAGCAAUGGAGGAUACCAAUACUAAUCCAGAUAUGUGUUCACCCGGCGAGACGAUCUCCGUGCUCAAUCGCGUCGGCUUUCACCAAAUUUUCCGCAUUGAACAAUGCAAAUCGAAUCUAUUGCAAUCUCAAGACUCGUCAGUUCGAUCGAUCAAUUUGAUCGACUACGUGUUAUCAAAAAAGAGACGUCGAUCCGAGAGGAUAGUUUUAAUCAAAAGAUGAUGGCCUUGAUGCCCGCGGUUACGAAGAGAUAAUCUCGGACAUGAUAACAUUGUGAAUAAAGAUCAGAGAAGAUCAACGCUGAAGGCAUCCCGUUGUUAUACCAUCAAAUGUGUUCUUCAACAAUCACAUGGAUAUAUUUAAAUUUUUCCACGGGAACAUCUGUAUGACGACAGCUGACGGGAGAAACGUGCGAGGAUCGUUCGCCGCAUCGUGAAAUUCGUGCUAAAGAUUUAACAGCGAUGAAUUCUCAGUCGGGAAAGUUGUGAGCGAAGAAAUACUCGUCCCGAUGGCAGGCGCGUUCCCGCGAACGAUCGAAAGAAUAAGAUAGUUAUGUUUUUUUUCCUUUCUUUAAUGUUAUUAUCAUUUUCAUAUACUGGCUUCCAGGAAAGCGUCUGCUUAUGGAACGUUACUUCUGACGUCGAAGAAAAGCGAAGAAAGAAGAAGAAGAAGAAGAAAACGAAGAAAGGAAAACAAACGAGAAAACUCGAUUUUCCACAUUCGGAGCCUGUAACUUAUUUAUUUUGUAAAGACGCUUUUUUGUACUAAUAAUAAAGCCGCUAUGCUGAUAAGGAAUCUCGUCAAUUUAUCAACUUUUUGUUCAUUUCAUCCCGUUUCGUUGUACUAGAAAUUAAUCUUUUUUUAGGAAAUGUUCUACCUUUAUUUCAUGCGGUCUUUUUAAUUAUAUAAUUAAUUAUCUUCGUGUUGUAAGUCAAUCUAAGUUAAAGACCUGAAUUCCGGACUUAAUCUUAUCUUUUUGGUCACGCAACUAUUUUCUCUUUUUUCAAAUAAUAAAAUCUCUUCAUGGUUGAUUUCGUCGGUUAACUAUCUCAAUUUUCGACGGAACGGUUCCCGCUUUAAGAAGAAUUCUUUCUAAAUCUCUACACCCAAAGAAAGAUGAUCGGUGAGACGAAGAAGAGCUCGGCAUAAGGUUAGUCGGCCGACACGGUCGAUUUAUCGAUUCUCACGGCUCGGAUACCGGGAGGGUAUGAAUAACUAAGAGCUCU